UGGGAUUUAGAGCAAGAGUCGGGCUGAGGAGGAGAAGGGAGGAUGAGAAAGAAAACGAGGAGAGCUGGGGGAGGCAGGCGUUGCCUUUUCUGGUAGUUAAAGUCACUGAAAGAGCAAACAGGAAUCCUCAGAGCUGCAGAACGGCUGAGAUACAAACCAGAUUGCGAAGGCUGAUUCAUGACGAGGGAAGAGUCGCUGUUGCCUGUGGACUGAACUUCGUAGUCGCCAAGUGAGUAAGAGAGGAAAAUCCUUGGGGCAACAUGGAUGAUGACUUUGACCGCCGCAUGGAGCUGAGGAGACAGAGGAGAGAGCAGAUGCGUCAGGACGCAGAGAGGGGCGUUUUCACAAAUGACGACGAUGAUGAGGAGGCUCGAGAGCGAAGGCGACGUGCCAGGGAAGAAAGGAAGAAAAUGAGAGACUCGGACGAGUCUGGAACGACGGACACGGCCAACACUAACAGCGCGAUGGAGACCGAACCGUCUGCGACUGUUCCUGGAGGGGCGGAGGACGACCAGGCUCUGCUGGAGCGCCUGGCGAAGAGGGAGGAGCGCAGGCAGAAGAGGAUGAAGGAGGCGAUGGAGAGGCAGAAGGAGCUCGACCCCACCAUCAUCAUCUCCACCAACGGCACGGACGGCGGCCUGCAGGAGCAGUCCCCCGUUAGCAACGGCAGCAAACACACAGAGGAGAGAGAGGAGAAAACUGAAACAAACUCAUGGGGGAAGGAGGAGGGAGAAGAAGAGAAAGAGGAACAAGAGACUGAGGAGAAAACAGCAACGACCAAAGGUGAGCAAGAGGAACCUGAUUCAACGAUGAACCACAACGAGGAGGAAGCUGUUCCAGACCAAAACAAGGAGGAGGAAGAAAGGAAGAUGAGAGAAGAGGAAGAUAGAAAGCUGAGGAUGGAGGAGGAAGAGAGGCAAAAAAAGGAACUCGAAGAAAAAGCAAAGAUGGAAGAGGAAGAAAGAAAACUAAAGGAAGAAGAGAGGAAAAGGGAAGAGGAGGAACAACAACAGAGAGAGAUGGAAAAGAGGCUCAUGAAAGAGGAGGAAGAAAAAGUGAAAAAUGAAGAGGAGGGAAAAGAGAGAAGGGAGAUUGAGGAGAGACAGAAGAAAGAGGAGGAGGAGAAACAAAAGCGGGAAGAGGAAGAAAAGCUGAAAUGGCAAGAGGAGGAAAAGCACAGAAAAGAGAUGGAGGAGAAGGCGAGGAAAGAAGAAGAAGAAAAACAGAGGCAGGAAGUUGAGGAUAAAAAGAGAAAAGAGGAAGCCGAGAAGCAAAGGAAGAUAGAGCAGGAGGAGAAGAAAAAGAAAGAGGAGGAGGAGAAGCGGAAAAGGGAGAUGGAAGAGAAGAAGAAGGAAGAGGAGAGGAGGAAACGAGAAGCAGAGGAGAAGAAGAAGAAAGAAGAGGAGGAGAAGCGGAAAAGGGAGAUGGAAGAGAAGAAGAAGGAAGAGGAGAGGAGGAAACGAGAAGCAGAGGAGAAGAAGAAGGAAGAAGAGAAGAAGAAGAGGGAGCUGGAGGAGAAAAAGAAAGAGGAGGAUGAGAAGCGGAAAAAGGAGGCGGAAGAGAAGAAGAAAAAGGAGGAGGAGGAUAAACGUAAAAAGAGAGAGGCUGAAGAGAAGAAGAAGAAGGAGGAGGAGGAGAAACCUAAGAAACUUGGCUUUAAGGAGAAGAAUGAACCUGCCAAACAGAAUGGAGCCAUCUUUGAGAAAAAACUGAAGAAAACAGAGAAAACAACAAGGGACGGCGCUCCUUCCAGCAAGGCGGAGGACGCCGAGCGACAGGAGGCCGAGCGCAAGCUGCUGGAGCUGAAACAGCGGCGGAGCAAUGCCGAGAGCCAGGAGAUGGAGAAGAUUAAGCAGAAGCAGCAGGAUGCGGAGGCUGAGCUGGAUGAGCUCAAGAGGAAGAGGGAGGAGAGGAGGAAAAUCCUAGAGGAAGAGGAGAAGCAGAGGAAGAAGGAGCAGGAGGAAAAGAAAGCCAAAGAGCAGGAGGAGAGAAAGAGGAUGAAGGAGGAGAUAGAGAGAAGGAGAGCAGAGGCUGCAGAGAAGAAGAAACAAAUGGGGGAGGAAGCAGCAAAACCUGAUUUCUCCAUCAGUCCAAAAGGCUCCUCUAAGAUUGGCGAAAAGGCAGAGUUUCUGACCAAGUCUGCUCAGAAAAGCCCAGCGAGGGUGUCACACACUCCGCUUGUGCCAAGGAUUGGGAACAGAUUAGAGCAGUUUACCUCCGCUAUGCAGGGAAACAAAGAGGUCAAAUCCCCCAGGUCUCCUUUGGCCGACAUCCCCACGGGAGGCACGCGCAGCAUCAAGAGCAUGUGGGAGAAAGGCGCCGUGAGCAGCCCCCCCACUGAAAGCCCGGCUCCGGCAAACAAGGAUGUGGCUGGCAUCAAGGGAAGUGUGGCAGGACGCGGCAACAGCUGGAAGGGAAAGCCUGCAGAAGCAGAGAAGACCCCAGCUCCAGCUCAAGCUCCAGCAGCACCAUCACCACCAGCAGCUGCAAAGCCACCAGAGGCCAAACCAGGUGAAGUCGGUAAACGCGGCAUGUGGGAAGCCAAGAGAGCCUCAGCACCAGCCAAGGUGGCAGUUGGAGGGAAAAGCAAGUUCAAUUAGAAAGACCCAAAUGGCUUAAAAAUAAAAUAAAAUAAACACAAAAAAAACAACCGACGACUUCACGGUCAAGCUGUUUUCCUGAUUGAAGAGGUUUCUGCUCUCCUUCGGGCUCCUUUGCCCUUCACCACACUUCUCAUUCCUACCGGAAAGGGAGCCGGCGUUCCACGCUGCCAGUCAUCUGCACCAGCUCGCAUCUGCUCCAUGGUACGAGUAAUUCUGCACUGAUGCAUAUUUGAUCCCUUUCUACCCCAAUCAAGGAGAAGUUGAUGCGAUUACGCCUAGUUUCGGCUACCUAGAUGACCACCGUGAGGACUCAUGAUCUGUUAACCAGCUGUAAUGUGACAUACUAAUGUGACAAAAACAUUUCAUGACAAGAUAAUUAUGCUUUUACAAUUAUAGUGAUCUUUAAAUACCAAUAUCGGAAGUUGUACUUUCAAUACAUGCCCCAAGGAACAAGAGAACUAAGCAAUUUCUUAGAGGCUCCAAACCAACAGGGGGCGCCCAACAGCACUGCAACUUUCGCUCAAAGUCUGGUUUACACGUCAUUCUUUUUUAUUGUAUUUAGUUGUUUCUUUUUUUGUGUGGGGUAAGUCUGUUGUAAUUGUGUAACACAAACCUUGUUGUCCUCUAUAUUCGAAAUUUAGAUCAGUGUGGUCUGACGGCGAAGAAAAUAUUUUGUACUUAAACAUUUAAAUGCAGCCAAGCUGUUUCAUGCUUCUCAUUUCUAUGCAAAAGUAAGGACUAAGAACUUAAAUCAAUGUGAGUAUCAGGGAGAGGAUUUGGUCUUUGUAUUUGUUUUUUUUUUUAAAGUUAAAGUACAUUCUCCUACAUCUUGUCCACCAUCUUUUCAGACAGUAGACAUUUCUAACUCUAGAUGUCAAAACAAAAGAAUACAAAGAUACUCUGAUAUCUUUUUAAAACUUGAGCGACAUCACAAAAGCAAAUGAAUAUGAAUUGAAGGAACAUGCAGUUAGUUAUUGUGUAGCAGGUAUUCUGCUACACAAUAGCAAGAUAUAUUAUGGACAUUAACCAUUAAUGUAAUGGUUAAUAUCCAUUAUAUUGACCAUUAUGGAUAAUAUUCCAUAACGGUUUGAACAUGGAUGAUAUACUGUAAAGAUAUAGUAAGACGUGGUUGUUUGAAGGCCCCCAAUCAAAAUUGGCCCUAUGCAUCCAUGGACCGGCUCUGCCUUAAAAUGUACACAAAAUGGCAAUAAAUAAGUACAUUUUUAAAAGCAAUUCAGAUUAGAACCUCACAUAUUUCUGUUGCUUACUAGUAAAUUAGUUUAAUCAUUUCUUUUUAGCUCUUCUUUAGGGUUAAUAUAACACUUUAGAAAGUCCUAGGAUUGUUUCAGUAUAUGUCAUGUCAUGUCAAUUUGUUUUAGAUUAUAUUGCUAAUGAUGUUAUGUGAUUAGACAUGGGCCUGUAAGAACUUCUCACUGUAUGACCUUGAGUAGAACGAUAAAAAAAAAAAUUAAAACAAAAAUGUUAACAUCAUACAAAACAGAAACGUACAAAUUAUAACUACUACUGCUGUAAUAUAACAUACUGAUUAUUACAGUUAUGUCUAUGUAACAUUUAUCAUUUUGAAUGAAUUUGAAUUAUUAGUAUUUUAAUUACGUAAACGUCGUCUACAUUUAGUUGUAGCUGUCAUUUUCUUUUCUGUCAUUUGCAGAGUAAGAACCUUGCUAGUUAGUCAGGCUAUCUGCUCUGUCGAUUGGCUUCUUGAUAGAUGUUUCUGUGUUCUUUGCACAUGGGAAUAUUUUCAGAUGUUCAAACUUGUCUUUCAUAUAAGCAAAAGUAAAGAGGAGCUGCCUCUUUCCUUCCAGCAGUGUGCAGAAAGAGGCGUGGCGUUGCUUCAUGCUUCAACUACAUGCUCCUCACAGCUGGGACAAAAAAAACAAACAACAAAACAAAACAAAAAAAACCCGACUAGGCACAAUGACGACACUUCCUCUGGCACCUCAUUAAAAAGACAUUAACAGCGUGAAACAGGGUGAUGAAUGAUGAAACCGUAGGUUUCUAAAACCUCGACAUACCUUCAUAUCAGAAACAGACUCAUGCCUAAUUAGGAUUUAUGCAAUCCUUGUUGUCAUCAUCACAGACGGUAACAUCACUAUUUCGACUUGAUCGUGACUCUGUUUCUGGAGGCAGCGCCUGUCAACCGGACAUUGAGAGAAAAGUCUGUAUAUAGUGCCAGUGUUUUACUAAGCUGUUAGUGGCUUUUACUGUGAUGCUUUAUAGAUCGGUGAGUUAAAGAGUUAUAGAGCUUCUAAAGAUUCGAAAUCUGUUUGUGUCACUUAGUUUGCCCACCAGAGAACGUGUCGACCUUUAACACAUCGUUCUCUGCUGCAGAACUGAUCAGUUUUUCUAUGGAGCUUCAAAUUGUUCUCACUUUAUCAAAUGGACCGCUGAGAUUAUUAUUACUUUUUUCAAGAUUUAUUUUUUUUUGCUGCCAUUCUCACAUGCCACCUUAUUUUGUGCUGCAAUUCAGUCUGUGAUACGUUGAAUGAACAAGUUAAUGAUCUGCACCUAUAACCACCUCCUUCUUCUUCUUUUUUUUUUUGUUUUGCACCUUGCCUAAAUGUUGUUGCGAUUUGAUUUGUUUGACAAUAUUGACGUUGGCAAUAAAAGAAAAAGAAAAAAAAAA